ACCUACUCGGGGCUUUAAAACCUGCGAACACUCCGCUGCCUCCAAACUGCCUGGGGGGUGAUGUGCUGAAGUGGCAGAGGGGAGAGCAGCAUGAGGCUCCAGCUGGAGAAGCAGCUCCUCUUCCUCUCCUUCCUCUGCAUCCUCUCCAAGGUGUGUGCCCAGCUGUGCCGGAGACCAUGCUACUGCCCCUGGGUGCCACCCCGCUGCCCCCGCGGGUCUCCCCUGGUCCUGGACGGCUGCGGCUGCUGUAAGGUCUGCGCCCGGCGCCUGGGAGAGCCCUGUGACUUCCUCCAUGUCUGCGACCAGAGCCAGGGCCUCGUCUGCGACUACAGCGUGGCACCGGCCGGGACAGGAGCCACCUGCAACUUUGAAGACAACGAGGAGGGCUGCGAGGUGAACGGACGGGUCUAUCGAGACGGGGAGGUUUUCCAGCCCAGCUGCAAACUCCAGUGCCGCUGCCUGGAUGGGGGCUUCACCUGUGUCCCGCUCUGCCAGGAGGAUGUCCGGCUGCCCACCCCAGACUGUCCCUACCCACGGCGCGUGGAGGUCCCAGGGAAGUGCUGCCCUGAGUGGAUCUGCGAAGCCCGGGACCAGCACUUCCUCCGGGAUGCUGGGGCAGAGGGGAAGAGGAGGUCGCUUGUAGCUGUGCCCACCCCGGUUGCAUUCCGGAGCAAACGCCUCAUCCUGGCAAAGAGUCUGGCACAAGCCCACAGAACUGUGGUUUUGGUGGAGAUGAAGGAUGUGUCCCCUGGGAAACUGGGGAAGAACUGAUGGACUUUGGCUGCAAAGGAGGGUAGAAUGAUCCCCGUGUCACCCAGCACCUGCCCCAGGGUUACUGGGCAGCACCCCCAAGUUUUUUAGGCUGAAUGAAAUGGGGAAGCCCUGCCUCGAGCAUGAACCCCCCCGAGAAUUGGUCCUUUCCUGGAUCAGUGAGGCUUUUGGAGAGGUGAUGCUGCUCCUCCACCAUGUCACACAUGCAGCUCUGCUCUGCAGGGACUGCGAAAGAGACCGUCUCUGGCACCUGGAAGCCCAAAGGGCCAGGGGGAACUCUCACGUCCUGGCCCCUGGGGAAGGAGCAGGUACAUCAUGCACGAACUCAGCCAUGCCAUGAUAUCCACCCCACAAUCCAGCAGCCGCCUUCCUGGGCAUGGGCAGAGACGUCCUCCUGAUGGCAGCUCUAAUUCACCUUCCCUGCAUCUCUCCAGAAUAAACACGAACCUUCCUGCUCCGCCUGGCCUCCUCCUCUCCAAAGCGCUGGCGGUUUGGCAGGGCUUCGGCGAGCCAGGAGCUCAGACGCAGGAGACACCGUUCUACAGCACCAGACAUACUGCCUGCCAUCCAAGCACAUACCCCAUGACCCAAGUCCAAAAGAAAAGCAGGAAAAAGAGAAAACAAAUUGCAAAGAUGAGUCGGGGCUGUCUCCCGACAGGCUGGAGCUGCUCCAGCUAUGCAAGAGUUGGCACAGGAGAGCUUCUCAGCAGCUCUGUCUUUACUUUCUCACAGCGAUAAUCCUUCUGGGUGACUGAAAAAUGAAACCCAAAUGCCCUCUAAUGGCCUCACACAAGUGUGCAGAGGGAAUGUGCAUUCCACAGUGGGGCGAGAAGGGCAGCUGGAAAGGAGCAGCAGUUUAGGUGACGUGUCCAGGUGAGAUAUGGACAGUUUAGAUGUGUAUUUGUGGAACUGAAAAUAAAGAUGUGCUCAUCUAGGUGUGGAGCUUGUCUGGGCCUGUUUGUGUGGGGUGAGUCCCGCUCU